AUGGGGUGUUGGGGGGGAGGUCAGAGAGGGGGGGGGGGGUGGCGGGGGGGAGGGCGUGAGUGGAGGACGGUGGGGGGGGGGGGGAGGGGGGGGUGGGAGAUGGUGGGGGGGGGAGGGGGGCAGGGGGGGGGGGGUGCGGGGCGGAGGGGGGGGGUGGGGGGGGGGGCGGGGGGGGGGGGGGCUGGGGGCUGGGGGGGGAGGGGGGGGGUGGGGAUGGGGAGGGGUGCCAGGAGGGGGGGGGAGGCGGGGGGGGUGGGGAGGGGGGCGGGGGGUGGGGGGGGAGGAGGGGGGGCGGGGGGGGGUGGGGGAAGGGGGGGGGGGGGGGCGGGGGGCGGGCAGAGGGAGGAUGGGGGGUGGGGGGAGGGUGAGGGUCGGAAUGGGGGUAGAGGGCGCGGCGGCGGGAGGGGGGGGCGGGGUGAGCGGCGGCCGGGGGGUGGGGGGGGGAGCAAGCUAGGGGGCGCCAGGGGGGGGCUAGGCGGGGGAUGUGGGGCGGGGCGUAGGGGGGGGGGUGGGGCGGGACGGGUUGGGGGGGGUGGGGGAGGUGGGCGAGGGGGGCAGAUGGGGUAG